GUGCGAGGGGGCGGGACCGAGUGAUGACGUUACGCCCUCCCAAAAUGACCACGCCCACUUAACCACGCCCACAAACUUGUAUAACACCCGGAGGGCCGCGUGGUUUUUAGGCCGCAAUCAAUCACGUUGCUCCGGGCAGCCCUAAGGAUGCGGCGGGGGCAAGGGAAGCGAAAGGCUGAGGCCACGGAGGUGCCAGGCGUGUCUCGGAGGAGGAAGGAGGAAGAGGAGGCGAUGCAGGAGGCCCGGCGGAGGGCGGCCCCGUCCGUGCGAGAGUUCAAGUACAACAAAAAGCGGGUUCGCCUCGUCUCGCAGGGCUCAGACCUGAAGGAUGAUGCUCGGUGCAUCCUUUACUGGAUGUCUCGGGACCAGCGGGUGCAAGAUAACUGGGCUUUCCUCUAUGCCCAGCGCCUGGCCCUCAAACAGGAGCUGCCUCUGCAUGUCUGCUUCUGCCUGGUGCCCAAAUUCCUGGAUGCCACCAUCCGCCACUAUGGCUUCAUGCUGAAGGGCCUGCGGGAGGUGGCCGAGGAGUGCGCAGAGCUGAACAUCCCCUUCCACUUGCUGCUGGGAUACGCCAAGGAUGUGCUGCCUGCGUUUGUGGUGGAGCAUGGCGUGGGUGGGCUGGUGACAGACUUCUGCCCCCUCCGCCUCCCCCGGCAGUGGGUGGAGGACGUCAAGGAGCGGUUGCCAGAGGAUGUGCCGUUUGCUCAGGUUGAUGCCCACAACAUCGUGCCCUGCUGGGUUGCCUCCCCCAAGCAGGAGUACAGCGCCAGGACUAUCCGGGGCAAGAUCCAUGCUCAGCUCCCCGAGUUCCUCACCGAAUUCCCCCCUGUCAUUCGUCACCCGUACUCCCCAUCCAGCCCAACAGAGCCCAUUGCUUGGGAGGCCUGUUAUUCCAGCUUGCAGGUGGACCGCACCGUGAAGGAGGUGGAGUGGGCGACCCCCGGCACGGCUGCGGGGCUGGCUGUGCUGCAGUCCUUCAUCGCCGAGCGCCUGAAAUCCUUCGGCUCCCACCGGAACGACCCCAACAAGGCAGCGCUCAGCAACCUGUCCCCGUGGUUCCAUUUCGGCCAGGUUUCCACCCAACGAGCCAUCCUGGAGGUGCAGAAGCACCGGGCCAAGUACAAGGAGUCGGUGGACGCGUUUGUGGAGGAGGCUGUGGUGCGACGGGAGCUGGCUGAAAACUUUUGCUACUACAACGAGAACUACGACAGCGUGCAAGGUGCCUACGACUGGGCACAAACCACCCUGAAGCUCCACGCCAAAGACAAGAGACCUUUUCUCUACAAGCUGCAGGAGCUGGAGCAGGGGACCACGCAUGACCCACUCUGGAACGCUGCCCAGCUCCAAAUGGUCCGGGAAGGCAAGAUGCAUGGCUUCCUGCGGAUGUACUGGGCCAAGAAGAUCCUGGAGUGGACCCGCUCUCCCGAGGAGGCCCUCCAGUUUGCCAUCUACCUCAACGACCGCUACGAGCUGGACGGGAGGGACCCCAACGGAUAUGUAGGCAAGCUGCAGGAUGAGGGGCCAUGGUGGGGGAGAGGGUCUUAUCUCUGAUGGCCAAGGCUGCGGCUGCCUCUGGUCCAUCUGUGGCAUACACGACCAAGGCUGGGCAGAGAGGGCCAUCUUCGGGAAGAUCCGCUACAUGAACUACGCCGGCUGCAAGCGCAAGUUCGACGUGGCCCAGUUCGAGCGUCGCUACGCCCCCCGCACGCUCUCCCAGUGACAGGCACAGCGUCCUUCAGCCUGCUCCUGCCCCUCCAUGUGGGGACAGACGUGCCUUUGCCAAGGUGCCCCAGCCAGGGAUCACCCCAGGUACUGGGGGGCGCUCACUGUAACAGCGGCGAGCCAUGGGGUUUUGCAGGUCUUUCCUCUGCCAUCACCCCCUGCUCAAGUUGCUGGGCUGGGGCUGCUGUUGGAGCCCCUCCUGCUACUACAGGUUUGCUGGAAGCUGCAAGAGCCCCUCCUCAGCGUGAAACCAGAAACCUUUUGUACAACCACUGUGCUCAGGAGGAAGCCCAAGUGAUGGUUGUUGCUGCUAACCACAGCUUAGAUUUAGGCUGAGCAUGGCUUUUCCCAGAAAAAGCCCCCAGAAACUGGUUCCUCAGGCUGUGCUGCCCCCAGGGAAGCCCUGCUUUGCUCCAUGUGGAGCUGGCACUGGGCUGGGCUCGUACGUGCUUCCUUCAACAGUUUGUUUUAAAGUUUACAGUUUGUA